CGGCGGAAGAUUGGUCAGUGCCAUUGAAAAUAGUGCCAAAGGCGUGUGGUCAUUGGCCGCGCGGUCUGCCCCCCACGUAAGUGCGCAAGCUAUAUAGAAGGCCCCGCGUGGAAUUUCAUCUUCAGAGUCGAGAGUCAGUGUCAAGGAAGUCCAGCUGAAAGUAGCGAAGAUGUAUCAGAAACAGUACGCGGCGCUGUGCGUGGUGGUUCUGGUGCUGGGGAAGGUGGUCGCGCUGCCGCAGGGUCCGCAGUAUCCUCAGCAGAGCCAGCAACGGGUCAGGGACGACCGGAAGUUCGCGGAGAAACCGAACGCCAUGAAGAAGGUCGGCAUCGACGAGCUGAACGAGGUGAACACCAAUCAGAUUCAGGAGAGCAACGGCAACAGCAGCUUCUCCUGGUCGAACAUGCUGGGAGUGCUGAUGCGACUGCUGCUGGGACGCGUGGCCGGCGACAACGAGGCUAGCAAAAACGAGAUCGAGGACGGCGCACCUGCUAGUCCCUGGGCCAACGUGGUCGCAAUGGGUCUGAGAGUGAUCACUGCUCUGAUCGGUGGUCCUCAGCAAGGCGACAUCGAGGGCAUCGACAAAACCAACAACGACGGGAGCCCUAUGCAGUUCAUCAGCAUCGUGGUGAACCUUCUGGACGCCUUGAAGACCUCCUUCUCCCAUCGUUCGUUCACCGCCAGGUCCGCCGGAAGACGGGACACCGUUUCGGAAGCCGCUGUCGCCUCCAUCACUAUGUUCAAGGGUUACAUGAGGUCCUUGAAGAGCUUCAACAACGUCGGCCGAGCGGAGGACGAGGGUCAGCAGGGCUGCGCCGAGCGCGCCCUUUGCGAGGCGAGCGCCGAGUGCGUCGCAGACGCUCAGGGAACGUCGUCGAUCUUCUGUCAACUUGGCUCGUACGCGACCAGCUACAUCCUCCAAAGGCAAAGCGGAGUGGGCUUCGAGGCCCUUUACGAGGCGGGACGACGAGGACGCACUGGACAGGACUGCAGGACCCUCUUCAUGGACUGCAACGCGGUCUGAGAGCGCCCAGGCCGAUGUUUCGCGGUUUCUCAGACUGUCUCGGUCGCCUCGAACAAACGGAAGACCCUAGGAAAUCGAGCGGAGGUCAACCGAUUACAGUUUUCCCUUUUUGGCGCGAUUCCGAGAACACGGCGAGCCUCUGUCGCGCGGUGCACGCCAUUUUCUAUUGGCUAACAGCUCGAUUACGUCUCCUGAGACACUGUAAGGUGCCGUAAACGCGACGAUAACAGCGAGACGCUGACGAGGGAAAGCUGUAAUCGCUCGCUGCGAUUAAUUGGUUGACAGUGCCGUUGGGUAACCAAGAAAGACACGCGCGAUUUUCCUGCGUCGUUGUGGAAUUUUGUUGAGUCGUUCUGGGUCGAUAAUCUUUCGUUCAAAAGCGCAGUCGAGUUGGCUUUAAAUCGCGGCAGAGUGUACAGGUCGAUUCGUAGGAGAAGCGCGACGGAUUUCUUGGUCACCCGAUAGAACCGAUGAAAUUGAUCGAAGCUCUCGGUGUUCAUGGGAUCAGCAUGGUAAGUCCUGGGAAUAGUGUUCCGACUGAUACCGCAUCGAUACCUAUCGAUACCAGUUAACAAAUUUCGAUCCAAUACCGAAUUGUAUCGAAGACGCAGGUAUCAAACAGAAUCGAUACCUCUUCAAUACUUAGUCUGAAAUAUCGAUACCUGACCGAUACUCAGAGCUGGGUAAUAUUUAUAGAGAAAAUAUUUUUCAACAAUAGAUUCUUCAGAUAGAAUAGUAUUUCAAAUAGGA